AUGAACACCUUCAUCACAUUGGCUUGCUUGGUAGCUGUGGCCGCAGUCGCGCACGGGUCGGCCAUCGGCCUGGGGUACGGCGGCCUCGGCGGUCUUGGCGGUCUCGGUUAUGGAUUAUCUCCGAUCGUCUCCGCCCCUGUCAUCACAGCGCCAGUUAUCAAAGCCGCACCAAUUAUUAAUACAGUUGCCGUAGCUCCAAUCAUUCGCAGACCUAUCCUCCAAACCGUACCAGUAUCCAGCUACAGCGUAGCCGUAGGAUCAGGUCUUGGUCUUGGCGGCUAUGGACUAGGAGUUGGCAGUCUUGGCUACGGCCUUGGCGGGUAUGGGCUUGGACUUGGCAAACUUGGCUACGGAUAUGGAAAACUUGGC